CCCGGGCCCAUCCAUCCCUACCUCACAGUCCCGCGCGCCUCGCCCUCACCAUACCUCAACUUAACUUAACCAGAGCGGCUUUAUAAGUGAAACAAACGAUACAUACGGAUAUAUUGGACUGUAAAACACGGACAUAAAGUCUACACUACGGGGAGCAAGUUAUGAAAUAGCUAACACCGCAACUGACGCAAAAAUCUGCGUUCAUCUUCUACAAAACACAAAGAGCCGUCCACGGACCCAACACCUGGACACAUCUGUCAGAGCUCUCUUCUGCGUUUUGAGGAAGACACCGAUUCAGUGACAUUUGGAGCCCUAACCUUCAGGCAUUACCUGAACGGAGACGCCGUGCACUAAACAGAGCAAGUAGGAUGGCUGCAGACAACUUUUUAAGGACAGGUUUCUGACUCUUUUUUUUUUUUUUUUUUUGAAGCAGAGACAUUUUUUCGAAUGAAAUCCAGCCAGUCUUGAGCAACGAUGGAACCAGAUCAUAACACAUGUCGCAGCGAUGCCCACAUCAAACCCACCGAGAGCCCGAGCCCGCUGAUCAGUGCCAUCAUGUUUGCCGCAGGCAUCUUUGGUAACGUGGCUGCCCUGGUGAUACUGGAAAUCCGGCGACGUAGAGACACUAGGAUCGGAGAAACAAGGCGACGUUCGCUGUUUCACGUCCUCAUCAAAUCACUGGUGGUCACGGACCUGGCAGGGACCUGCCUGACCAGUCCGCUGGUGCAGCUGUCAUAUUCACGCAACACUACCUUGGUGGGGUUGUCGCCCAACUCUCACAGCGUGUGUUCAUACUUUGGUGUCAGCAUAACCUUCUUCAGCCUGGCCACCAUGUCGCUUCUCUUCUCUAUGGCACUAGAGAGGUGCUUUGCCAUUGGGUACCCCUACCUGUACAGCCGUUAUGUCACCAUGAAAUGUGCCUAUAUCACAAUCCCGGUGCUGUUUGUGUUAUGCAUGUUAUUCUGUCUCCUCCCUUUUGCGGGAUUUGGAGAAUAUGUACAAUACUGCCCUGGCACGUGGUGCUUCAUUGAAAUGAACCCUAAGAAAUUGGAGGACCAGGUCUACGCCAACCUCUACGCCACUCUGAUGCUAGUGCUGGUGCUGGCCAUAGUGGUGUGCAACGGGUUUGUGGUGUACCAGCUGUUCAGGAUGUACCAACGGCGGAGGAGGAACGGUGCCUCGAUGAUGGCGACCAAGAGAUCCAACAGCGAGCGCAGGGCGAUGUCCAUGGCUGAGGAGGUGGAGCAUCUCAUCCUGCUGGUCUUCAUGACCAUCAUCUUCAUCAUCUGCACAAUGCCUCUGGUGAUCCGGGUGUACAUCAACUCCAUAACGGACCCCAAGGAGUCCAAUCUGGACCUGAUUGCCUUGCGCUUCAUCUCCAUUAACUCCAUCAUCGACCCCUGGGUCUUUAUCUUCCUCUCCCCCAGCGUGCUGCACUUUUGCUGGGCUUCGGUUUGCCGGGCCACCCUGGAAACCUCCAGGGGUUCCAUUUUUAAAUUAUCGAUUGCCAAAGGGAAUUCUCCGGCUAACCUUGAACUGUCUCACCCACCCGUGGUGCAUUUUCACUCUGUGGAAACUCUAUGACCAUAACAGUAGUUUAUUAUUUCAUAUUUAUUGUUCACUGAAUUGGAUAGCGUGCUCUCCUUAGUGAUCACAUGAAGCGGAGAGGUUUCGUGGGCCACGACAUCCCUCUCAUGUGGGUAGGGUUUAUCAAUUUAUAUGAAUGUAUUUCCAUUAGCUCAUGGCCCUUUCUGUCUAACUGACAAACAUUUUAACCAGUUCUAUCAGCUGGUGGGCGCCUCUUGCCAUUUACUGGGUGUUUCCAUUCACUCCUAGCAUUUCAGCUAAGUGUAUGCAUGUGGAAUGCAUACCGACUUCUCUACAGCAUCAGGGCUCGACAUUAACGCUUUGCAAGGGCAAGUAAAGUCUGUGUUCGGGCAAGUGGAAUGCCUCAUGCAGCUGUCCGAUCGGUCAAGUGAAAAAUAAAUGUAAUCUUGUGAGUGAGAGCCGCAGCUUUUCGAGCUAACCCAGUAGAGCAAAAAGGCCAAAAAUUCAAACCUUUUAUUGAACAACUGUCGCUAAUGUAUACAGUUGUAUCACAAAUAGUUGUUUUUUUUUUGUUUAAAAGGGAAGAUGGGUGUAAGAAUAUUUCCUUUUACAUUUUGUAAGUUUAUAUCAGCAGUCGCUGGUUGAAAAAUUGACAUGGUAGAGCAACAUCACAAGUUGAUAUUUGUGUCAUUUAAAUUUAGUUUUAUUAGUCAUAACGUUUUUAAAAAAUACAGCCCCUCAUUUGCCACAUAAUAUUAGUGUAUGUCUAGUAUUGUACUUGUCAGUGUUCUUAUAUCAUUCUGGAUAGAUAAAGGCUUUCUUAAGACCCACGUUGAUCAUCUCAAGGAUUCUCGUGAUAAAAGCAAAGGUCAAAAACACUGCACAUAAUAGGUGAAAAAGCCAGAGGCCCAGAAGCCCCUGUUCAUCCAGUAAUUGAAAGAAUCCACUAGAAUUGCCCAAGCUAUUUAAUUACUACAGGUUAAUUGUAUGUUUUGUACAUUAAUAAAUUAUAAUAAUUGUCCAAUUCCCUGAUUUCAUUUAUUUUUAACUGGCCUAAAUUUUCCAUUUCAGACAAGAAAGUUUAGCUAUCGGGCAAGUAAGACAUCUCAAGCAGGUGGCUGAAAAAACUUAAUGUCAAGCCUUGAGCUGUGUAUUUCAAGUGUGAAAGCUCAACAUUUUGCCUCCUUUGCUGCUUAUGUUUUAUGCCAAUUAAAUUAAUGAAAUGAAAAACGCUGCUGAUGGGAGCUAGAGAAAGAAAUACUUAAUUCUGUGAUGACCUGGAAUAGUGCUUUUGUCUACAUUGUAUUAAGACAAAGAAGUUUGGUUGAGAAGCUUGUGCAUGGAGAUGUGACAGAAUGCAACAUACUAAAGAUAUUCAUCUAUCAAGAAAGGAGGUUACCAAUGACUUAACCCUUGUGUUGACUUUGGGUCUCUGAUUCUCUGAUUCAAAUGCUGCUUUCCAAACAGUUGUUACUGGGCCACCAACAUUAACAUGUGAUUGUAUAAAGCAGUCAAAAAAA